AUGUCGCUCUCCGACCUCGAACUCGUUGCUCAGGCCAUGGCGCCCACCGAGCCUGGCGCGCAGACCCAGACCCGCGCUGCCAACGGUACCACAAACACCACCACAACCUCCACCUCUGACUCAACCGAGUCCGCCGAUGACCCCCUCGCCGGCCUGGACAUGUCCCAGCUCUCCCCCGCCGACCGUGCCGCCCUGCAGCCCAUCAUCGACGCCCUCAAGGCAUCUGAGGAGGGCGAAGACGUCGAUCUCGAGGACAUCCUCAAGCAGAUGGACGCCGCGGACACCGUCGCUGAUAAGCUUGAGGGCCGGUUGGACGCGCUCAUGACCAUUCUGGGCGAGAUGGAGGCUGGCCAGGAGGACAAGAAGGAUAGCAAGUAG